UUCACAUAAGGGCAGCGGGCCUGCUUCUUCUUACGGAUCUCUCCAUUAUGUAUGCCUAUGCCCAAUCUGACAUCAGCAACUAUAAAAAGAUUAACUCACCCCUCACAUUCCUCUAGGUCUUGCUGAUAUCGUGCUCCAUCGACAUACGGAGCGCUCUCGCUAGACCCUCGCUCAACAAGCCUUCGCGUGGUAGCGAUUGCCAAUAUCUAUUCCUCAAAAGUACUUUUAAGAUUGUAAUCCGUUCUGCUUUUGUAUCCGACUCAGAAUAAUGAAUCUCGACAAAUUUCAUUUCCAAUACACAUCGUCGCUACAAGGAAGACGUAUUCGACUCCUGUCUUUCAGACAACGCCACUGCCCUGAUCGAGAUUUGCCACUCGAGGUUCAUCUGAGUGAGCAUUCGCUCGAUGUGGCAGAAUUUGAUGCGCUAUCCUAUGUAUGGGGAGAUUCUCACCCCAAACGACGUCUCAUUUGUAAUGGGAAGCACUUUGAUGUCCGGGAGAGCCUAUACGAGGCGCUCAUCGAGUAUCGACACCGACAUUGCAAUCGCAGGUUAUGGGCGGAUGCAAUCUGCAUAAACCAAAAUGACGAUGUCGAGAAAACUGAGCAAGUUCGACUCAUGAGCGACGUAUACGGGACCGCUAUGCGCACAAUAAUCUGGCUGGGUCGCCUUCAGCCUGAUGACGAGAAAGCUAUUCGUUUAGUCGAACUGGUCUACAAUAAAACGCAACGAGACAACUCACAACGCCCAGUAUCAGGUACCAACGAGGACUUCGACUUCAAGACACUAGAUAUUCCGAAUGUCAGAAACAUCCGACAAAUAGAUCCCUCGUGGAAAGCGCUCUUCCAAAUUCUCAGACAUCCAUGGUUUAGUCGAGUUUGGGUAAUCCAAGAACUUGUUCUAUCAUCAAACCCGUCAUUUUGGAGGGGCGAAAAAAGCGUUGACGUCCACCACCUAAUGUGGAUUGCUUUCCACGUUGGGACAAAACGGAACCUCUCGACAGCAUUUGGUCUGAUAAAUGGGUUUUCCAGUUUGCCAGCGCUCGGCAUGGCAAAUUACUUCUAUAACAGCGCAGUACGCAACAGACGUGAGAAGCUUCCCAUCUGGUUUCACCUGAUGAACUCACUUGGCAUGAAGGCCACGGAUCUCAGAGAUCGGUUUUUCGCGAUUGCAGGCAUAUCUGCUGGGCUCUGGACACAUUUUGUUGACUACUCAAGGACCCUGGAACAAGUGUUGUCACAAGUGGGUUUGAUGAGCAUAAUCGAAGGUCAUCAGAUACUGGACUUUGAGGCUUUGGAUGCCUUGGCUGAUUAUCCAUCCAUUACAAUUCGGAGUGCAUCUUUGCACAUACCUUCCUGGGUUCCUAAUUUCUUCUCGGAUCAGCUCAGGGGCAUUGCUUUCAGUCGUCAUUAUUCGACAAACAGUCUUCGCCGAACACAAGGCUUUAUGGCGGCCGAAAUCCAGAUAAUUGUGGAAGAUCCGAAUAGAGCGCUACAACACCCAAUAACGCCUAGCGCUCCCUAUCUAUAUCACAAGGUUCGAGAAUUGCACAUGAAAGCCUUGGUCUUCGACAAAAUCAAGUCGAUGAUACCCCUUACGGACAUGGUCAAGGCCAAAACGUCCAAGUUCCCGAGAGAAGAAAAGCAUCCUUUGAGUGCCCUUCAAGCGGGAUGGGACGACGCGCAUGAGUUAGCCAUCAGCACUAUAUCUUUUGUUCACCGGGCCCGACUGCUUGCGGAACCACAUUUACGGAAUCAGGAUGUCAUGUCAGGGGCAACUUUCAACGCUUUUUGGCGGACUCUGCUAUAUAACCGUACUGAGAUAGCUUCAUCCCGCGAGCAAGAGCCAGAGGACAGCUUCGGAAUGUCCUUCGGCUAUUGGUAUCUGCUGCUGAAGUUAUUUUGUACAAAAUUAUACUACCAGGAUUGUGUCCUUUUCAUGACGUAUUGGAUGAUUCUACGACCACACGCCUACCCUUUCAAGAACACAUUCGAUCAGAUUUAUGGGAAUCGAUGCUUCUUUGUUUCGGAAGGCGGUCGACUUGGUUGGGCCCCAGCACAUGCUCGUUGUGGAGACUCUUUAGCUUUAUUUCAAGGUUGCCGAAUCCCAUUUGCUGCCAGGCUUCGGGUCGAUGAUAUUUGGGAGUAUGUUGGUGGAUGUUACGUUCAUGGCUGUAUGAACGGAGAGAUUUGGAGACUCGAGCAUUCAAGUUGGUCUUUCUAUCGUUUUGCUUAA